AUGUUCCUAGAUCCACUUUUAAAAUUUACAAAUGUAGCCAUUAAGCUUGAUGAUAAUGUAGAGUCGUGCAGCGGUGAAUUGCUGAAUCUCCUACCCAAGUUUUCAAAGGUUGGAAUUACUGAUGUAGAUAACAAGAUAUGUAAGGAGUUUUCCAGCUUUAUAACACAAUUUGCAUUGCUACCUUCAUCAAAGGAUCUGGAUUCAGAAAGCAUAAAACUUUGUGUCCAUGACACAUUGGAAAUUAUAUGGAAGAACAUUAUAAAAACGAUACAUGAUGGAUAUAAAAAUGAGUGUAAAUGCAGUGGUAAUAUGCUAGUACCGUUAUUUGAUCUUUAUGCGUUUGCAUUAUUUAAGGGUGAGUCUACCAUGGAGCCUUUAACAUUUAACGCCAAUCUCGGCAGAGUAUAUGGUCUAUUUGCCAAGUGGAUAUUGGAAAAAAAUAAUCUUUCUAAAGUGGAGUCGAGCAUUAUUGAAAGAGUAAAAUCUUCAUCAAUAGAUCCUGAUGUAUUAUCUAAUAUACAAACUCAUGUUGAUCAAUGCCAUGUUACCCGUUUCACUCAAAAUAUUUCAAUCAAAAAAGAAGAUGGCAAGAGUGUUGAAACUUUUAAUGUAGGAAUUGGAGACAGUAUAAUCAUACGUUCAUUCGGUACAGUCUUCUCUAGUGCAGUGCAAUUUUGCAGAGAAUACAAUUUUAUCCCUCCAGAAAUGUUGCUGUUAUCGGCAUCUUUCCUAAAAAUUGAAGACUCUAAAGUCAGUUUCUUGGAAAACUACCAAGACCUUGAUGUUUUAAAAACAGGGGAUGAUUGCGAUACAACAUUGUACUCGCAGCUAAUCACUUCUGACAUUGGCAGAGAAGUAAUCUCUAGGGAGUUUGGAGAAACCAGAUGUUAUGUAUCAAAUUUAUGUUUACCUGAUAUUGAUACAGAGCAUAAAUCAGGGUUAUGCCCAUGUUUUUAUAAAAUGUAUGAAAGUAUAGCUCUUGCUGCUGGUCAUUCUUUGGAGACCGGUAAACUCUCUUUCAUUGUCUCAACAAACGAUAAAAUUGUCAAAAAGACAUCUGUAAAAUUUGUGUUAUCAAGGGAUUUCGCAUCGCAUAUUUUAAAUCGUGUCAAAAUUGCGCUUGAUAAAAAGAAAACUUGCAUUUCUAACAUUUCAAUUCACGUUAAGGGGCUAUCUGAAAAUAUUUGCAAAGAUGUUGAAUUUUUAAAGUCUACAUCUCCUUUAGUACCCGCAUUAAUAUCUCUAGCUACAGUAAUGGAUGAUUCCGUAUACAUUGACACUGAAGACUCUAACAAAGGUUUGAUACGUGUGCUGUUACGGUUCAGAAAUUCCAUUGAUACAAAACUUCCUAAAAAUGCAUGGAACAUACUCGCAAAACUACUAUACAUGGAGAUUUCGACAGAUAGUAAAAUGGCCCUAGAAUAUGGAAAUGAACAGUUAAGUCUAUACAGAACACUUUUGAUAAGAUAUUUAUUACAAAUAGCGAUUUUGCAAUCAAAUUAUUCUUACAAAUUUAAAAUAGGUAAAAGGGGCCUUGAUAUAUCCAUUUCAUUUGUAAGAAGGUUAUUUAGACUGCUAAGUUUUAGAAUUAAUCGCAAUUUUAUGAACAAGGAACAGUUUGUAAGGUUUCUUAAAACGAGGGCUAUUACAAAGAGACCAAAAUAUUCAGAAGAUACAGAAGAAGAUGAGGAUUCUGACGAUAUUUAUGAUGAUUGGACAGUUUUUGGUCUUUUGGAAUAUUCGCCGACUCAUGUACUAAGAAAAGAGUUGCUACCAAAGAGUUUUAAAACUGAAGAUAUAGGCGUAGAACCUUAUACACAUCAUAAUAGCAGUUACACGUCAGAUUUUUACUUUUUUGAUGUUAUAUAUGAACUCUUUGGAAUAAUAAGGUUUAGUUUUGAGUUUGAAUAUAAUAUCAUAGACAAUUAUAUGUCACACUUUUUUACACUGCUGUGUUCCAAAAGCGAUGACUUUAUGGACGAGUUUAACAGAGAUGUGCUAAAUUCCUCAAUUAUUAGGGCUAUUUUUAGAACAAACGAAUAUGGAGAAAAGGUUGACAAUGAAAAUCUGGUGCACAGUUUUGGAAUCGUUUCUAAGCCUAAUAAAACUUUGGAAAUACUGGGCCUCCUUGAAACUAAAGACAGGUUUACAAAGAGAAGGAUACCUGAUCCGGAACCUAUUGUAGGAUCUCUGGUGCUAUCUAACAAUAGGUUUAAAAGACAAGAAUUUUAUCGAGUAUCCUCACGCAUCAUAGACGCGAUUACUAGGUAUGCUAAUAUAGCAUUCAUCUCUAGGGCGUUGUGUAUAUGGAAUUCCUCUCUACCUAUUGAUAGUGUUAGCUCUGUAAAAUCCCACAAGAUUGCUUCAGCUAGAUCUACUUUUACAAUUCUUAUCCUGAGAAUUAUAACAGUGUUUCUCAAUAAUGUUGGGGAUGUGUGUGAUUUGAUAUCAAUCGAACCGCUAGUAUCCGCUAUAAAUGUAAUUUUUAUAAAUUUAGAAUUGAUUCACAAAAGGCAGGAAUUUAAAGAUUAUGCCGAAAUUAUAAGUUCAGAUUCCUCUGAAUACUCAAAUUCUGGAUGUAUGAGUGUGGAUUUAAAAUCUGAAGUAUUUGAAGAUAAAUGCGUAACUUCAGAACCAGAUAAGUCUGACCAUGUACUUGGUGUAUCUGUGGAAAAUCUUGAUGAUUUUAAUGUGCAAGUUCUCGAUAAUUGGAAAAGGAACAAACUGGUGAAUAAAAUAUUAAUACAUAACAAACGCAAGCUGUUGCGUGAACAAAGAUAUCUUGAGGCAAAUUUACUAUUGCAUGUAUCGCACACCUUUGUUAGAAUUAUAAAUAAUGUGGUUCUUGAACUUUCUCACACUCUGUUGGAUGUAGAUCAAGGAUUCUUGUCAAAACUAGGAACAAAACAAUCGCAAGAAUAUCACCAAACUUUUGUAAUAAGUUGUACGGGAGAAGAUCUUGAAAUAUACAACAAUGUAUUAGAGCUGUUAUCACUUAUAUAUGAAACCAUUGUCACUAUAUCUCGCCUGUGUGUAAUCAUAUCUUUCAACUCAAUACAUUCAAAACACGAUGAACAUUUGGAACAGACAAAGAAUUUGCACGGAUAUUUUGAUAAUAAAACUGUUGAGCUAAUUAGAGAAAUUGGAAUCUUGAAAAAGAAGGCCAAAUUGGAGAUUGAUCGCAUAUUUUCAAUACAACUACAAGAAACUUUAUCCGAGUUACCAACACAAGCUGAUUGCAACUCGUCCGAUGAUUUGGACGAUUUUAUAGAUUUUGAAACGGACAAGCAUUUGUCAAUGCUUACAUAUAAGGACAAUGUGUUUAAACGCCCAAGGAAUGGUGGUGCUGAAACUAGGCUCAAUAACGUUCGUUUACGAAGUGAAUGGGAAUGCAUGAUAAGAACUUAUUUAACGUAG